UUGAGCAGUGAGCAUCACACACACAUGCGCUUAUGGACACAUGUGCUUAUGGACACAUGUGCACGCACACACAGGAUCAUUUACUAAGCUGAUGGGAAUCUGGGCUCAUAUCAGCAGCACUAGUUCUCUGUCAAGCUAAGAGAAACAGUUGGACAAUGACACCUUCUAUUGUCAAUAAUGUCUGUGAUUCAGACACCUUGUGGCUUCUUGCUAUGUGGCUGCUGUUUGCUGUGUUAGUCAGUUAGUGGCAUGAGCCAAGAAUGUCUGAACUGUGUGUGUGCUACCAACACAAUGUUCAGGUCUAACCCAGGAAUGACUGCUUAACACACAGGAUUUUUAUGGUACAAGAAAUGGGACAGUUUCCGGACACAGAUUAAGUCUAGGGGCGGAAGGUAGCCCCGUGGUUAAGAACGUUGGGCCAGUAACGGGAAGGUCGCUGGUUUAAAUCCCAGAGAGGACUAGGUGAAAAAUCUGUCGAUGUCCCCUUGAGCAAGGCACUUAACCUUAAUUCCUCCUGUAAAUCGCUCUGGAUAAGAGGGUCAACUAAAUUACUUAAAUUACUGGAAAAGUUUCAAUGUAGUUCUGGAUUAAAGAGCAAGCUCAAUGGAGAAUUACCAUUUGAAAGUUAUUGUCUGGGAAACUGGCCCUAAAUUUGCCUUUUUAAUGCUUAUUAGAAAUGGGUGUUUGACUUGUAAUGUGUUACAUGUCAGUAGGCUGUUGUGUCACAGUAGAUUUAUAAAUGUAUAACUCUUCAGUCAAUACAGAGUGAUUUUACUGUGGUGUGGACUAUAAACCCUGGUUGUCUGAGAGGUCAAAGAUCUACCUGUCACUUUAAAGAGGGUUUGUACAAGGUUGACACAGCCAGUAUAGUCAUAUAAAGUGGAUCAGGGGUAGUGAGGUUACUGGUGUACUCCAAAACAACAUAGGACUGUAGUGCUGGGGUAGCAACAACACAGCUGCAGCUCAAUUUGUUGACUGCUUUUGUGAAUUAACCACACACACCCCCCAUCUAGCCAGCUGGUCCCAACAGCCGUAUGUACUGUCUCUAACGUAACAGUCUAGUGACCGCCAAGCACACAACAAUCAUUAAUACUCAAAAUCUAGUCUGGAUUAGUACAACAAAGACUGAUGAACACAACCAGCUGGGUCUGGAUCAGAACAACAAAUAGACUGAUGAACACAACCAGCUGGGUCUGGAUCAGAACAACAAAUAGACUGAUGAACACAACCAGCUGGGUCUGGAUCAGAACAACAAAUAGACUGAUGAACACAACCAGCUGGGUCUGGAUCAGAACAACAAAUAGACUGAUGAACACAACCAGCUGGGUCUGGAUCAGAACAACAAAUAGACUGAUGAACACAACCAGCUGGGUCUGGAUCAGAACAACAAAUAGACUGAACACAACCAGCUGGGUCUGGAUCAGAACAACAAAUAGACUGAUGAACACAACCAGCUGGGUCUGGAUCAGAACAACAAAUAGACUGAUGAACACAACCAGCUGGGUCUGGAUCAGAACAACAAAUAGACUGAUGAACACAACCAGCUGGGUCUGGAUCAGAACAACAAAUAGACUGAUGAACACAACCAGCUGGGUCUGGAUCAGAACAACAAAUAGACUGAUGAACACAACCAGCUGGGUCUGGAUCAGAACAACAAAUAGACUGAUGAACACAACCAGCUGGGUCUGGAUCAGAACAACAAAUAGACUGAUGAACACAACCAGCUGGGUCUGGAUCAGAACAACAAAUAGACUGAUGAACACAACCAGCUGGGUCUGGAUCAGAACAACAAAUAGACUGAUGAACACAACCAGCUGGGUCUGGAUCAGAACAACAAAUAGACUGAUGAACACAACCAGCUGGGUCUGGAUCAGAACAACAAAUAGACUGAUGAACACAACCAGCUGGGUCUGGAUCAGAACAACAAAUAGACUGAUGAACACAACCAGCUGGGUCUGGAUCAGAACAACAAAUAGACUGAUGAACACAACCAGCUGGGUCUGGAUCAGAACAACAAAUAGACUGAUGAACACAACCAGCUGGGUCUGGAUCAGAACAACAAAUAGACUGAUGAACACAACCAGCUGGGUCUGGAUCAGAACAACAAAUAGAAUGAUGAACACAACCAGCUGGGUCUGGAUCAGAACAACAAAUAGACUGAUGAACACAACCAGCUGGGUCUGGAUCAGAACAACAAAUAGACUGAUGAACACAACCAGCUGGGUCUGGAUCAGAACAAUAAAUAGAAUGAUGAACACAACCAGCUGGGUCUGGAUCAGAACAACAAAUAGACUGAUGAACACAACCACAUUUUGAAAUUUGCCUUACUAAUCACGACACAGGUCUGUUAUAGCAGGGACUGUCCGCAGGCAGCUGUCUCUCGGUCUGAAAACUGAGAGGAAAUGGGGCUUUUUGAGCAGUAUUGAACUAAGUUUCUUGACUUCCUUAUUUUGAUCUCUAGCCUGGUCCUUUGAUACACCAUUGUGACCUGAAUAAGUGUUCAAUAAAAUAUAUGGAUCUAACCCUAAUCUUCUCUC